AUGGUAGCAAUGAGGGAGUUUAGCCGUAGGAACCCUCCGGUGUUCGAUGGGACUAGUAGUGACCCGUUGGUAGCCGACCACUGGCUAGCUCAGAUCCGUAAACUCUUUCGAGCUCUAAAUAUCAUUGAGGACAACAUCAGAGUAGGUAUCGUGGCUGUUCAAUUAGUUAGGGAAGCUGGUGAAUGGUGGGAAUCCGUUCUAGAGAGUAGGAAGGAUGCAAGGAGGGCGGCAAGAAUCGCAGCUCAAGUAAACGAGCCGGAUGUUGAAAAUCUGACAUGGGCUGAAUUUGAGGCGCUCUUCGAGGAGCAGUACUUUUCGAAAACUUCACAAGAGAAUUUGAGGGAACAAUUUGAGAAGCUGGAACAGGGAAAUAUGACUGUUUCAGAGUACGUACAGAAAUUUCAGUCUUUGUCUCGUUUCACUCCAGAGUUGGUGGCGACGGAGGAGAGGAAAUGUCGACGGUUUGAGAAGGGGUUGCAUAACACUAUAAGAAGAAUGGUGAUGGUCCAACGUAAGAUGAAGUUUUUCGAAGUGGUGGAAUGUGCAAGGAGCAUUGAGAUACCGAAAGAAGCCCAACGAAAUGCAAGGGCUUGGGAACCAAGACAACCUGUGGGAAGUUUGAGUUCUUCUUCUGGUAGUCUCGGGAGUCAAGAACAAAGAGACAGAGGGAACCGUCUCAGGGACCACCUAAUCAAUCCAAUUUUAGGGUGCCUUCUUCUUCGAGAACUCGGGGUGCCUCAUCUAGACCUCCGAUUGUGUGUUACAGGUGUAACCAACCCGGGCACGUCCGUGCUCAGUGUCCUCAGCUUUCUAAGGUGUGUUAUAAUUGUGGUAAGAUGGAUCAUCUUGCUUGAAGUUGCCCUCAAGGGGCGGGAGCGUGUACCUUUCAGAGGUGCUCAGAGGCAGCAGCAGCCUCAUUUUCGCCAAACGUCGUCAGUUCAGAGUUCUGGGGUCGACCGAGGGGCAAGUUCGUCUGCACCUCCUCAAGGUUCCGGUCAAGGAAGAGGUUUUGUGCAGGGUCAGGGUACCCAAUGGCAUGUUUUCAAUAUCAACACCAAUGCAUCACCUUUUGUUUCUCAGGCUCCAGAGACAUCAGUUGUGAGUGGUACUUUUCUUCUAUUCAACUCUUUUGCUAGAGUACUCUUCGAUUCUGGAGCAUCACAUUUUUUCAUUGCUACGUCAUUUAUGUGUGCAUUGGAGUUGGAUACCGAGAAUCUUGAUUCGCUGUUAUUUGUCGAGACACCAUUAGGGGGAAAGUCCUCUCUGAGUCGUAUCUAUAGAGGUUGUGAGCUCGUUAUUUGUGACCGCUGUUUCAUCUUUGACUUCAUCGUUCUAGAUAUGUUGGGGUUUGACCUCAUUUUGGGGAUGGACUGGUUGUCUACGUAUUUGUGUGGGUCUCGGGAAAGAGAGUUGAUUUAUGCUUUGUUGGCGAGCUUGACAUUAGAUGAGGAUAUGUCUAUGAGUGGGGAGUUACCCUUGGUAGUUCGCGAGUUUCCCGAUGUAUUUCCUGAAGAGUUACCCAGUUUGCCUCCCGAGAGAGAAAUUGAGUUCACGAUAGACUUGCUUCUGGGCACCGCUCCUAUCUCGAUUCCUCCUUAUCGUUUUGCACCCGCCGAACUUAGAGAGUUGAAAGUUCAACUGCAGGAGUUAGAAAAUUUGGGGUUCAUUCGUCCUAGCACAUCACCGUGGGGAGCACUGACUUUGUUUGCCCUAAAGAAGGAUGGUUCACUUUGUUUGUGCAUCGAUUAUCGUAAGCUUAACCGUGUGACCGUUAAGAAUAAGUAUCCCAUGCCAAGAAUUGAUGACUUAUUUGAUCAACUCCGAGGUGCGACUUGCUUUUCCAAAAUCGAUCUGAGGUCCGGUUAUCACCAAUUAAGAGUUCGUAGAGAGGAUAUUCCUAAAACCACCUUUCAUACUCGCUAUGGCCAUUAUGAAUUUGUUGUGAUGCCAUUCGGUUUGACAAAUGCUCAAGCUACUUUUAUGGAUCUCAUGAACCGUAUCUUCCGCGCGUAUCUCGAUCACUUUGUGGUUGUAUUCGUCGACGACAUUCUCAUUUAUUCAUCCUCGGAAGAGGAACACCAAAUUCAUCUUACCAUCGUUCUUGAACUCUUGAGGGAACACCGUUUAUACGCCAAGCUUAGUAAGUGUGAGUUUUGGUUACCUAAUGUUAAGUUCCUGGGUCAUGUGGUUUCAAAAGGAGGGAGUUGGCAUCAUUACCUUUACGGUGAGAAGCUUGAAGUCUAUUCCGACCAUAAAAGCCUAAAGUAUCUCUUUUCUCAAAAGGAGCUUAACUUGCGUCAAUGUCAUUGGAUGAAACACUUAGAAGAUUAUGACUUUGAAUUGCAUUAUCAUCUGGGUAAGGCAAACGUCGUGGCGGACGCGUUGAGUAGAAAAUCGAUACAUUUAGCAAGCCUAGCCAUACGAGAGUGGAAGGUGGUGAACGAUUUAGGCCAUUAUGCUUCGCACUUUGAGGAGGUUCAGGAAGGGGUCACAUUAUGUAACUUGACCGUGCAAUCGGCUUUGUCGACUCAAGUAGGUGAGGCUCAACAACAUGAUGAAGAAGCAGAGGAACUUCGUACCAAAUUCCUUAACGGUAAAGCUCGAGAUGGGUGGAUGAUUCACGCCGACCGAAGUUUACGUUAUUAA